UCCCACAAAUCAACUGAACUAUGCAUAAAAAAAGACGUGGCUUUGUUUUUUGUUUUUGUUGUUAAAGGUUUAAGGCACAGCUCGUUCCUGACGCAUAACUUUGACAACAUUUCUAAUGACACUAAAUCUUAAGCUAAUCGCACGCUUGGCUUUUUACAGAAAACUGCACUGAGUAGCUGAACUCGGAAGCACUUGUUUUGGAUUAUGGAGAAAACAUGGAAGGUGGAGUUUCAGAACGUGGGUAGCAGCUACUACCCACAGAGACGAGUGGAAUGCCACUACAGCAUCAGCGAUCAGCACAGCUGGACCAGCAGUGACUGGAUCGGCCUGUUUAAGGUUGGCUGGUCAUCUGUGAGGAACUACCAUACAUUUGUGUGGGCUCUUGCUCCAGCCAGCUACAAGGAAGGGACUCAGGCUAACUGCUGUGUCAACUUCCAAGCUUGCUAUUUGCCAGGCCCCAGUACUGAGCAGUACCAGUUUGUGUAUGUGGACGGGAAAGGCGAAGUAUGCUCCCACAGCCCUGCUUUCACCUUCUCGGCUCCAAAGCCACUGGAGGAGUUGGUGACACUGGAGCAAGCCUUGGAGGGAGGUGAAGGCAGUGAGGACAUGCUGGUUGUCAUUCCCAAAGCAGAGCUUCUGCAGAGCCGACUGCAGGAGUGUUUGAAAGAGAGGGCUGAAUUAUUGCUGGCUCUAGAAGCAGCAGAGAGGAGCUGUGAACACGAGCGAGAGUGCUCACACAGGACCAGAGAGAUGUGGGAGCGGAGGAGCAAGGAGCUGGAGGAGGAGCUCAGGCUCACCAGAGAACAAAUGGAGGACAUGAAGAAGAAGCAGGAGGAGCUAUCAGCUCUCACCGAAGUUCUGCAAGACAAGAAGCAGACCCUGCUGGUUAAAGAAGCGGCAAGUGAGCAGAGGAUCAGCCAGCUGGAGGAUGACAUCAGAGUGCUCACUCAAAAAGCCCUGGAGAGAGAGACAGAUCUAGAGAGGAUGAAGGAGCGAGCCAAAAAAGCUGCAGCCCAUAAGAAAGAAGCGGAAGGUGAAUACAAGAACAUGAAGGUGAAGCUGGAGCAGACCGAGAAAGAGCUUCAUAGCCUCUCUACGGAGUUCCAGAGUUUGAGAAGCUCUCUGGCUCAGAGAGACACACACGCCCUGCAGCUCCGAGACACCAUCACCACGCUGACGCACAAACUCAACAGCGCACACAGGAAGGAGGCAGCCAGUGAAGCAGCUUUAGCAGAGUUACGCGGUGUUCAGGAGCGACUGGGUGCCAGCGAACGCUGUGUCGAGACUCUACGGGCUGAGAUCAGAGAAAUGUCGGCUCAGAGAGACAGCGUCCAAGCCGACCUUCACCAGGCCAGACUACAGGCCGCACAGCUCACCCUGCAGCUGGCAGACGCCAACCUGGCUCUGCGGGAGGCUCGUGCCAGCUGGGUGCAGGAGAGAGAGAGUCUGCAGUGUAGCACUGAGAUGAUCAGGACACAUUUGGACAGACUGAAUGACGAGAUCAAGCAGAAGGAAGAGCAGCUGCAGGAGGAGAGGAUGGAAAGAAAUAAGGCAGAAGUGGAACUCGGGCGAGAGAAAGACUGCAAUCGGGUGCAGCUGAGUGAAACACGAAGAGAGCUUCAGGAACUGAAAGCCAGUCUCAGGGUGGCUCAGAAGGAAAAGGAGCAACUGCAGGCGGAGAAAAAGGAGGUGAUUGAGUACAUCCACCAGCUGGAGCAGAGGCUGGAGACCCUGAGUGGCUCUAAAUGGAGCGUGACUACAUUGUUGCAGAGCAGUCAAGCAGACAGCUCCCUGUCAGAGUCGGAGGACGAAAAUCCAGAGGCACUAAGGCCCGUGAGUCACUACAGUCUGUGUGAGCAGCCCCAGUCUGACCUCCUUCUCAUUCUGCCCACUACUCCUCCUCCAUCCCCACGACUCCUCCACUUGUCUCAGGCGGUGGUGAUCAGUCAGCCCGCUCCGCUCUGCUCCCCACACCAGCCUAGUGACGACACACACCCACACGUGCACAGCUCCGAAUCAGAAGAGGAGUAUGAUGUCUUUCAGUCAGGUGUGAAUAGCUCUGAAGAGAUGGCUCUCCUCCUGCCUAACCACAGAAACGCUCUUCUCAGUGACGUGGACGAGAGCCCCCUGUGGUGAGGAGUGGAACUACAGGAUCACAGUAACGUGUACUGACAUAUGCAACUUGCUUUCCAUUUUCAAUGCACUUUCUGUAUGCACAAGCCACAAUAUUUACUAGUCUUUGACACACAUUUACCUGUUUGAAUUCUUAACACUAGGGAUGCGUCUGAAAAGUUUGAAAAGCUCAGACGUCAGCGUCCGAUACCACGCGGUGGUACGGGACACGAGUCUGGCGUACAUUUUAAUUAAAACACGAUGACAUGAAAUGUAAGCAAUCUUUAUUAACAACCGUAUCAAAGAAAUGCACACCGCUGAGAAUAUCCUGAGGACGAUUAUGUUGUGUAAACAGUGUCUUUAAUAAAGAAGGUGAGGUUGGCCAGCAUGAGCGUGCACCGCAGUUUCAGUGUGUGCUCAUUACAAAUGCACACGAGGUCCAGUGAAUUGUAGGCGUACAAAAUAACUAGUGAGCGUAGAGCGAUGCUCUUUACACUCAUUCCAGCCACCCUCGUGCUCUCUGAUAACUGUUAUUUUAAACACCAUAAUAUCUUAAACAUAAAACAGCACAAGGAGCUUAUUCCUAGCAGCGACCUCUAUAAACCUUCCAUAAUGCAGCUGAUCGAUAAAUCGGUUCCUGAUUUCCAUGUGAGUUUCAACACGUCACAAAUCGAAUCAGCGCAUUAUGAAUUAACACAUAUCAAAAUGAUUUUAUGCAUUUAAGGCUACAUUUGAAUUCUGAUCUAUAGCAUUUUACUACGGUUUAGAACAUGCAGUAUUGCAAUAUUGUACGUAAAGCACAUUUGAAUCCAUCUUCGGAGGAUGGAUUCAACAGAUAGGAUUUAGUUUGUUCUUUACUUUAUGGCUAUCAUGUCUAAUAUUUUUGAAGGACACAGCAGGCACCUGGAGUUAAACAGGACAUGAUCAUGGAAGUGUUUGGACAGACAUGAGCAGUCCAGACUGCAAUAAUCAUACCAGUUAUAAUCGUGACAUAUGAAAACACUUUAUAAGCUCUGUCUCUGUUUUCCACCAUUUAAAGUUUUGUUUUGCUCAUUGAACUAAGUAAUGUUUUACUGGAUUUCCUUUAAGGCAUGGGUUCUCAUCAUUUGUGCAGCCAGGGACCUGUUUAAUUGUUUAAAAAAAACAUUUUUUAAUCCCAUCUCUGUACUGAUUUGUUUUGUGAAUCAACUCAUCAUGCAACUAUUGAAAUAUUUGGCUAGUUAUUUAAUUAUGUGCAAUAGUAAUCUUGCUAUUUAUUCGAGUUGCAGAGCUUUUUAUUCAUUGGAUUUCCCACAGACACAACACAUUAGGCUCUCAGACAUUAUUUAAAGGUUUAUUUGUUUUUGAGUUGUCAUUGGAUUCAACUAGUGUCAUUUAAUUGACCAGUCAAGUAGGCUAUAAGAAAUCCAUGAUAAAUAGAUAAGAAUAGAAUAGAAUGUUUUUUUUUUCAUUACUGAAACAGAAAUACAAACAUGGAUGCCCUUGUGUUUAUAUAUAUAUAUAUAUAUA